AUGUCUGUCUCCAAGUCGGCGCCAAACGCGUCGCUCAACCCGCGAACGACACGCUACGAGUUCAUGGGACCUCCCGGCGCCCUGGCAGUUACUGUCGGUGUACCGUUCAUGACAUACGCGCUCUACUUUAUGUGCAACGAGCGCAGUGGCUCAUGUCCACCACCCGUUUCCACAAUGAUCCUAAAUCUCUCCGAGGCCCUCCCCAACCCUGAGUUCUGGAGCAGUCUGUACGACCCAACUGCCUUUGCUCUGUAUCUUGGGUGGUAUGCGUUCUGUGUCGCUGCGUGGGUGAUUCUACCGGGGGACUGGAUUCCCGGCACGCAGCUGCGGAACGGGCAGUACCAACGCUACAAGAUCAACGCUAUGUCGACUGGCAUGCUCGCACUAGGCAUCACAGCUGCCUGGAUUGCACGUUUCGGAUACCAGUCCUUCACAUUCAUAUACGAGCGCUGGGUUGGCCUCACGACGGCGGCAUUGGCCAUGUCCGUCUUCCAGGGUCUCCUCUUUUACGGGUUGUCAUUCCAAGGAGACAAGCUCCUUGCCCUCGGUGGUAACUCUGGAAACCCGAUCUACGACUUCUACAUCGGUCGCGAACUGAACCCUACUAUCUUGGGCUACGACAUCAAGACAUUCAACGAGCUUCGCCCAGGCAUGAUCUUGUGGUUGCUCAUCGACAUCAGCAUGGUCUGCGAGCAGGCCACACGUCUCGGCGGGUUCAGCAAUGUCACCCUGUCGAUGUACCUCGUCGUCUUCUUCCACGCCCACUACAUUAUCGACUCCCUCUAUAACGAGCCCUCCAUCCUUACGAUGAUGGAUAUCGUCACGGAUGGCUUCGGUUUCAUGCUGUCCGUCGGCGACCUGCUUUGGGUGCCGUUCGUGUAUUCCCUGCAAGCGCGCUACCUAGCGUUCCAUCCCACGGAGCUGAGCUGGCCCGCCGGCGUGGCAUGCGUUGCCGUUUGGGCAACCGGUUACUACAUCUUCCGCACCAGCAACAACGAGAAGAAUGACUUCCGGAACGGGAAGAACCCGAAGAACCUCCAGUUCAUGCAGACCGAGCGCGGCACGAAGCUUCUCACUUCUGGUUGGUGGGGCGUAUCGCGCCAUCCAAACUACCUCGGCGACCUCAUCAUGGCUCUCUCGUGGUCGCUACCCACUGGCUUCGAUACACCCGUGACCUACUUCUACGUCGUCUACUUCGCGGUUCUGCUCGUCCAUCGUGGCCUGCGCGAUGACGAAGCGUGUGAAAAGAAAUAUGGAAAGGACUGGGAGAAGUACAAGCAGAUCGUCCCAUACAGAAUCGUUCCCGUUCCACCUCUCAUCGGUGUCGCAGCUGCCCUGGCUGCGCAAAGUGCCACACCAUCGCAUCCACCAUCGCCCGCGAUCUUCCAGCAAUUCGCCCUCGCAGAACGUGUGGCGCUGAUUACGGGCGCUAAUGGCGGGUUAGGCCUUGAAACGGCGCUAGCGUUUCUCGAGGCUGGCGCUCGCGCAGUAUACUGCGUCGAUCUUCUUGAACAGCCGAGCACGACGUGGACCGCGGUGAAGCAGUAUGUUGCGGCGAUGGGCCUAUCGGGGCGGCUGGAGUACGUUCAAGGAGACGUGUCGGAGCAGCAGAAGAUCUGGGAUAUCGCGGACGAUAUCGGGAAUAGGGAGGGACGACUCGAUGUGUGCGUUGCUGGUGCCGGUAUCGUCGAUAAGGAAGGAAGAGCGUCUACGUUGGACUACCGUGCAGAGGAUUAUGACAAGGUGCUCGACGUUGAUCUUAAAGGCGUUUUGUACACCGCACAAGCGGCAGGUCGGCAGAUGAGGCGCUUCGGCACACCAGGCAGCAUCAUCCUCGUGGCGUCCAUCUUUGGGCUCAUGUCGAUGAGAGACCUCAACAUCAUGGGCUAUUACUCGAGCAAGGGCGCAGUUAUACAGAUGGCUCGGGCUCUGGCGGUCGAGCUGGCACCGCAGAAGAUACGCGUAAACUCUCUAGCACCCGGCUUCAUCUAUACAGCGAUAACGAACACCGCGAUCGCCGGCCAGAAAGAGAAGGAAGAGAAAAUCAAGAAUCUGUCUCCUAUGGGGCGUAUCGCUGAGCCACAUGAGAUACGUGGUCCAAUGGUAUGGCUCGCAAGUGAUGCUUCGAGCUUUAGCACAGGUAGCAAUAUCGAGGUGAGCGGGGGAGUUACGGCCUGUUGA